AUGGAUAGCCCUCUUGUGCUAGCCUUCAAUGCUGAGGGCCGCCCAGUGAAGUUCGACACCUGGCUUGAUGACCUACACCUCUUCCUACAGCUCACUGCCAAGGAAGACAUCUCGCUGUACGAUCAUGCCUUAGGCCACGCUACUGCUCCUGCUGCUACUGCUGACAGCACUGCCCGCUCACAGUGGCAGACUCGUGACGCCCAUACUCGCUUCGCUAUUCGCAACUCUCUGCCGAUAGAUGAGCGCGAGCACUUUGGGCAGCACAAGACUGCACAGGCACUGUACACUGCUGUCGUUGCCCGCUACUCCUCACCGGCCUCUGCCGCUCUAGGCCGUCUCUCUCUUCCCAACCUGUUCCCCGACUUAGCUUCCUUCCCCACUGUCGCUGAUCUCAUUACCCACCUCCGCACUAGUGAGGCUCGCUUCCGCGCCGCUAUGCCUGAUGAGUUCCUUGCCAAGAACCCACCCCCGCUCUGGCUCACUCUCUAUCACCUAGUCACGCGCCUCCCUGACACUCUGCGCUCAGUGCCUCUCGCGGUGACCCCCGUACCCCGUUCUUUGAGGGGUGUUCUCCCUCCCCCCUUCUUCCCUCUGUCGCCUCUGCUGCUGCUGUCGACCUCCUUGGUGCUGAGAAGGUCGGGACUGCGUCUGCUUCGAGUGGGCGCCGCAGCGGCAAGGGCAAGGGGGGCAAGGGCGGUGGUGGUGACAGCGGGGGUGGCGGUGGUGGGGGAGGUGGUGGUGGCGGGGGGGGGUGGCGCGGGUGGGGGAGGUGGCAGCAGUGGGGGGGGUGGCGGCAGCGGCGGGGGAGGUGGCCGGGGCGGAGGAGGUGGUGGGGGUGGCAGUGGACGAGGCAGCGGCCGGGGUUGGGGUGGUCGAGGAGGUGGUAGCGGCGGUGGUGGUCGUGGAGGCACUGGCGGUGGCCAGGGCCAGCAGCACACUCCGUCGCCCCAGGAGGUCCGUGAGUGGUACUCUCAGCACGGGGGGGGGGGGGGGGGUGGCCUUAGCUGCACGUACGUCAUUCGCACUGGUGACCGCACUGGCCAGCCGUGUGGGGGACCGCACGCCACACAGCGUUGCUUCGCUCGUCUGAACGACGCUUGGCGUGUUCAGUUCCCUCAGGCCACUGAGCUACCCCGCUGGGUUGAUCUCCUGAAGAAGGGGAUUGAUAUUUAUGCUCUAGACUUUGAUGCUAUUCUCACUGCCAUGUAUGUGAUGUCUACUAGUGGAGAGAGUGCUGAGUACCUGAGUGUCCCGCUCGACCCGGGCAUUAGGACUAGUGCGUCUGCCGCUCCAGGUACUCGCGUGUCGGCUACCCCAGGUGCUGGUGAGGCUGCUACUCUAGGUGCCUCUCGCUGUUUCUUUCGUGACCGCACUGCCCUUGAGCCCCUUGCUCGGCCAGCUGCUGUCUCCCUCGCUGACCCCUCUGGAGGCCGCCACUUGGCUACCUUCACCCGGCAGCCGGGGUCGGACCUGUACACACUGACUACUGCCCCCCCUCAGGUCGCUGCGUCUGCGUCUGCGUCCGCGUCAGGUCAGCUGUCCGCCCCCUGCUCGUGUCGCUCUCUAGUGCACGAGACUGUCCUCUGGCACCACCGACUGGGCCACCCGUCUGUGCAACGCCUUCGUGCCAUGCACUCCCGGUACCUUGUCUCUGGUCUUCCCAGGGUCCUCCCUCCCCUCCCACCCUCGCCUGCUCCUCCCUGUCUUCCCUGUGUCGAGGGGCGGCAGCGCACCGCUCCUCACUCCUCCUCGUUUCCCCCGACGAUUGCUCCUUUGCAGACGCUCCACAUGGACGUGUGGGGCCCAGCCCGCGUCCGUGGUCAGGGUCAGGAGAGGUACUUCCUGAUCGUUGCUGACGACUACUCGCGCUACACCACGGUCUUCCCCUUGCGCACCAAGGAGGUGGUGAGUUCUCCUCCGACCUCUUGGCAGCCUACUGUGCAGAGCACGGCAUUGAGCAGUCGUUCACGCUUCCGGCCUCUCCACAGCAGAAUGGAGUUGCGGAGCGCCGCAUUGGCCUGGUCAUGGAGGUCGCCCGUACCUCCUUGA